AUGUUUUCCUCCAAACCAACAUUCUGCUCCUCGGUGCAUGCAAUCUUGGCCUUCUUCACCUUCUUCGUCCGCAACACAUUCGCAGACCAGCUGACAUUCGACUACAAUGCAUACAGUAUAGAAGCCAAGUUUGGGACGUAUCCCCACCAUGACCACAGGUCGACGAGUACAACAAGCCCGCUCUUGUUAGUCAAUGAAUGGCACAAGGAGCGAAUGUGCAAAACCGGGUCGCACAUUUUCCUCCGCAAUGAUGCCAAUGGCAAUUCUGGCCCCGAAAAGGAUACGUCUCCUCUGAUACUGAGCGCCGAAGAUCUCAGCGCCGUUUACAUCGACCGCCGCUAUCAAUCGGUCUUCGAUGUACGAGUUCAGAAGAACAAUGGAAAGGAUUAUUUGACCUUCUUUGGCGGACCCAUCUCCGGCAUUGGGCUGGGUAAUGGGUACAGCUAUGUCUUUGACACGUCCUAUCGACAAGUCUAUCGCGUUGCUGCGCAGAAGCUCACCGUUAAGGCGGACUUGCACGAAUUCGAGCUUACGGGACACGGCACUGCUCUCCUCACGGCAUAUGAUACGGUUGCCAAAGACCUCAGUAGCUUCGGUGGAGGUAGGAGGAGACGCGGCCAACUACAUGACAGUGUCUUUCAAGAAAUCCAGCUCGACACGAAUGAACUCCUCUUCCAAUGGCGGGCGUCUGCCCACAUUGAUCUGGCCAAUUCCUUUGAGAACUACAACCCGAGUUCUCCAUGGGACUUUUUUCAUUUGAACAGCAUUCAGAAGACCGCAAAUGGCAACUACCUCCUCUGUGCACGGCACACACACGCCAUCUACCUAAUCAGCGGGACUACGGGCGAUGUGAUAUGGGUACUUGGAGGCAAGGCAAACCACUUUUUUGAGCUACCACCUCCAAAUGGCACAGUGGUCAGCAAUCCAGCACUGAGUAUGUCAUGGCAGCACCACGCUCGGUUCUAUCCGGGCAGCAACGAGACCGAGAUCACCUUGUUCGACAACCACGCACUGCCCAUCAAUGGCUUCGAUUGCACAGCGAAUUGCUCUCGUGGCCUUCACCUGAAACUUGAUACCUCGAACCCAGCGAACAUGACAGUUCAGAUCUUGCAUGAAUAUCUGCAUCCGAAAGGUCUGCUGAGCCAGAGUCAGGGUAGCAUGCAAGUGCUGGACAAUGGGAAUGUGUUCGUCGGCUGGGGAAGAAAUCCGUCUUUCACAGAACACACCAUUGAUGGCGAGGUUUUAUUCGACGUCCAGUUCUCGCCGUGGAGGUCUCCGGCUACAAAUGGUGAUGGCUUGGAUAACUACCGUACGUAUCGCAUGGACUGGAAAGCGACACCACAUUGGGACCCGGUCAUUGCUGUUGAUAACAUUGAGGGUAUUGUGACGGUCUAUCUGAGCUGGAACGGUGCCACUGAAGUCAAAAACUGGGUUCUGCUCGCCAGCGAUUCUCCCAAUAACCUAUCCACUUUCGCAAAGACUAUCGCACGACUCCCGAGAGCGGGCUUCGAGACAACUAUUUCCCUUGGCUACACAGACGCUACGUAUUUUCGUGCGGCAGCACUCGACGUCGACCAGAAGAUUAUUGGAUCAACUGGUAUAUACGAUAUAAAAAGUGGAAUCGCUGGAGAACUGAUAGAAAGCAAUGAUACCAUAUCUGCCACAAUAUAUAGCAUCGUCACGGACAAAGAAGCAAACGACUCAGGGAAUGAUACAGGCAUAGAGCUCACCAGCAGCGAUGCUUUGGCGUGGGGACCCGGAUGGAAGAAUGCAUCGCUAUUCUUCAUGUUCUUAGGAUUGCUCCUGAGCGGGUAUGGCUUGGUGUCCCAACGCAAACAUCUGUACAUAGUUCUCCUCCAUGCAUGGAGAAAUCCUUAAAGUCAUUUGCCAAGGUUCCUCACGCAGACUAG